GGAGUUUAUAGUCCACCCCUCUGUCUCUCCUAGUGAUGCUUUAGUGAAGUCGGCUAUAGAACAGGUCCGCUUCCGCAUCUCCAGCUCCUACCCUGCUGCACGUAAUGAAAUGCAGGAAGAGGAGAAGGCGAAGGAGAGAGAGAGGGAGCAGUGUGGGAAAUGAGGUGCCUGCUGAACCCCAGAAUAUGAGAACAGAGGACAAGAUGGGAGACAAAGACAAACAACUGAAGAACUUCAAACCUUCUAUCGUCCCAGGUCUCAGCAGGUCUUUGGGGUACCAGCCUAAGAUGCCUCGUCUGAGACUGACACACACCUUCUUGUGGUAUCUGGUCUACGGACACCCCCUGAGACACCCCUCUACCCCCACUCCCCCUGACCUCCACAACACCUCCAGCUCUAUCGUCCUCCCCACUGAUAACCCUGGUGUCCAGACUACCUACCCCACCACCCCCAGUAACCCCUCACAACCCCAAACUACACACCCUGACGACACCCAACCUUCUAGCUCUGAACACACAGACCUCCCCACUUCAACCCCCCGAAACACAGACUCCCCCAAUCCCCAGAACUCAGACCUCCCCACUUCAACCCCCCGAAACACAGACUCCCCCAAUCCCCAGAACUCAGACCUCCCCACCUCAACCCCCCGAAACACAGACUCCCCCAAUCCCCAGAACUCAGACCUCCCCACCUCAACCCCCCGAAACACAGACUCCCCCAAUCGCCAGAACUCGGACCUCCCCGACACCCAGAGCCCACCCACUGACAACGCUGCAGUAAGUGACCCCGCCUCCACAGAGGGACAAGCCAGGCCUGACCCCUGACCCGGAAG